AUGGAGGUAGAGGUUGAAGCAGAGCUCUGCUUUCCUCAACUCCUCAACACCUCCUGCACUAAGCCCACGACGACUUGGCCAGAAGCACUGAUCCUUCACAUCGUGCUGUGCUCCAUCUCCCUGCUCACCGUGGCUCUCAACCUGCUCGUCAUCAUCUCAGUCUCUCAUUUCAGGCAGCUCCACACUCCCACUAACAUCCUCCUCCUCUCACUGGCUGUGUCAGAUCUCCUCGUGGGCCUCCUGCUGAUGCCUGUUGAAAUCCUCCUAAGUGCCUCCUGCUGGUUUUUCGGUGACCUCAUAUGUACCCUGUACAGUUAUGUGUCCUUCAUCAUCACCUCCGCCUCGAUAGGAGACAUGGUUCUCAUAUCUGUCGACCGCUACGUUGCUAUCUGUGACCCUCUGCGCUACACCAGCAGAAUCACAGAGAGGAGAGUGCAGCUCUGUGUUUGUCUGUGCUGGCUCUGCUCUGUUAUUUACAACGCUCUCUUUUUAAAGGACGAUCUCAGUCAACCGGGCAGGUAUAAUUCCUGUUCCGGGGAAUGUGUGAUUUUUUUAAACUUCAUCGCGGGCACAGUCGAUCUUGUAUUGUCGUUUAUAGCUCCCAUCUCUGCCAUCAUUUUCCUGUACAUGAGAGUGUUUGUUGUGGCGGUGUCUCAGGCUCGAGCCAUGCGCUCUCAUGUUACAGCCGUCUCCCUCCAGCUCUCACUCGCUCUCCCUGUGAACAAAUCGGAGCUGAAAGCAGCCCGGACUCUCGGUGUUCUUGUCGUAGUGUUUCUGAUUUGUUUCUGUCCAUACUACAGCUUGUCUCUUGCAGGGGACAGUGUGCUCAGUGAUGCAUUUUCAUCAUUUGUGGUGUUUCUGUUCUACUUUAACUCUUGCGUGAACCCUUUGAUAUAUGCCAUGUUUUACCCCUGGUUUAGAAAAGCAGUGAAACUCAUUGUGACUCUGCAGAUCCUGCAGCCUGGCUCCCGUGAGGCCAAAAUGCUGUAG